AUGAACAUAAGAGACUCGAAUGGGAGAUUAGAUAUGAGUGCCGUGAGAAAGGACAAUGAUGUGUUAUCACAAAGGCAGGAAUACCCCUCGGUUGUUGAAAGAAGUUCAAUGGAAUAUACCGCUGAAUGGGUCAAUAAUGUUGGUCUACCCCAAAGGGCACAGUCUAGUUGCCCAUUGAGAAGUAUGGAAACAUUUCAACAAAGAAGAGUGGUUUUGUCAGCUCCAGCCAUGAGCGUUAGAUCGAAGACAAGUAAGACAGCACGGGCAAGAAGUUUAAUCGAGGCGGAACUUAAGCAAAUGAAAGAACGACAGAAGUUGGAUAAAGAAACUCGAGAACUAGAGCAAGAAAUAAAAAGGGAAGAGCUUGAAAGACAGCGUAAAUGGGCAGAAUUAAGGGAAAGACGACAGUUACAAGAGAUGGAAGCCAAGUUGGCGAAGGCUCGGUUAGAAGAAGAUAUGGGAGUUGACAGUGAUAAUUCAGAUAUAGGAUUUGAUCAAGGUGAGCCAGUACAAGAACAGUUGGCCAAUGAUCUUAGCCAGCCAAACGUGUUUCAGCCUACUAUCAAUAACGAAAAUGUACCAAGCUACCCUCACUUACAUCCUGAAGGACAUGUUAAUCCUGACUUAACAUCUAGCCAACUAGAUCCUCCAGUCGCUCCUCGUUCCCAGCUACAACGAGCUGUACUGCAGAAUAAUGUGUUUCAACCACGACCCGUGUUUGGAGAACGACAGGUCCCGCCCAUUUAUCAGGGUCGACACGAGCGAGUAGUUAAUGAUCAAGCACCGUUAGAUAGCAGAGCAGUCACAAGGCAACCACAACAGCAGCAUUCUCAAAAUGGACCCCAACCAGCUGAUACAAUGCAAAAUGUAUCCCCCUUGUUUGUGGAACAGCAGAACCAUAUUGUACAAGGAAAUAAUUGUGUUCCGAGCCAUCCCGAGCCAACAGAUGCUCCUCAAGUUUUCGGACAGCAGCAGGAUAUGUUUAGGAUGAUGGCGACUACUAUUGGUUCUUCAAUAAGUAAGGGUCUGGAAAUGCUAAGGAGAGAAUACAUGACAUUUGAUGGAAACUCACUGAAAUAUCCUAGCUUUAUACAAAACUUCAAAACGAAUGUAGAAGAUAUCGAGCGUGAUCCCAAUGCAAGGAGAAGUUUUCUGAUUCAGCUCUGUACAGGAGAAGCUAAAGAUGCCGUUAGUGGAACUGUUAUGUUACCUCCUGAAGAAGGAUAUAAUAAAGCAAAAUCGAUUUUGCGAGAGAUGUUCGGGCAGACUCACAUCGUUGCGGCGUCGCAUAUUGACCGAGUGACCAAAGGUGGAACAAUUAAAGAAUUCGAAAGUGAGAAACUUUUACAAUUAGCAAGGGAUAUGGAGAAUUGUGAAAUGAAUUUAUGCAAGCUUGGGUAUCAGGCAGAUAUCAAUUCCAGAGGCAAUAUGAGUACAGUCGUGUUACGAUUACCCAGGUACCUUCGCUCUGAAUGGGCGAAAGAAGCACAAAAUUGACGAGACCAAGGUAAGGAGCCAGAUUUCUCACAGUUGACCAAGUUUGUCGUGAAGAGAGCAAAUUGGCGAAUACGGAAUAUGGCCGCUUGAUUAACACGAAACCCGAAAUCGAACGUGAAAGAAACAAGAACCCUCGGUUUGGUGGACAGUCUCGCAGAGUGUCAUCGUUUGCAUCGACCAGAUCCAUUAAACAACAAGAUUCUGCGCAUACCAGGUAUUCACCCGGAGUGAGAUCGUCUGCAAAACUGAAAUGCUACUUUUGUGAUAAGGAAGGCCACACUGUCGAAAGAUGUUUCAAGUUCCAAGGGAAAUCAUAUGACGAACGGAAAGCCUUUGUUUCCAAGCAAGGACUGUGUAAUCUUUGCCUUUCUAAAGGACAUCUCGCCAAGAGAUGUAAGAAAAACCAUGGAUGCUUCAUUCCUGGAUGUGGAAAACAAUACCAUCCUAUGCUUCAUCCCGUUGAACUUAAUCGAGACAACAAAGUCCAAGCUCCGGUCAAGACAGAUAACGAGGAAAUCCAAGGACAGACAACCAGUUCUUCGCCCGUCCAGUUCCAGAAUGCUCAGACAGGACACUGUGGAGCAACCGUAACUAUAAAGAAACAAGUUUGCUUGAGAAUCGUUCCUGUUGAAGUGUUUGGAAGAGACAAUCGUAUCGAAAAGGUCACAUAUGCAAUAAGAGAUGAAGGAUCGAAUACAACGCUAGUAAAGGAGAGCCUAGCUAACGAGUUAAAAUUAAAGGGGCAGCCGAUAGAUUUUCAGUUGACUACUAUGAACAGAGUCUCCCAAGAAUCUGGCAGAUCUCAUUUCUUCUAUGUGCAAGGCAUGGGACAGAAAGAUUGUUUAGAAAUUCCAAAUGCACUUUCAGUCAAAGAUUUGUCGGUCGCUGCAAGCUGUAUCCCGAAUGAACAAGAUAUAGCCAAGUGGAAACAUUUUGAUGGAAUCUCUGUGCCAGAACUGGAAAGUUCGAAAGUCACAAUUCUAAUUGGUGCUGACAUCCCUGAAGCACACUGGAAACUAGAAGAAAGACGUGGUCAAAAGAAAGAGCCAUACGCGGUUCGAACCCCUUUGGGAUGGUCUGUAGCAAGUCCUUUAGGAACUGACUCUGACAAGAAUGUUAGUUCUUUCUUCAUCCGCCAGGAAGACGAGUUCCUCAACGAGACUGUGGAAAAGAUGUUUCAAAUGGAUUUCAGUGAGUCCACAUAUUCCCCAGAUUUAAGCAUGUCACUAGAAGAUCAGAAAGUACUAACCAUGAUGGAGAAUUCCUUUAAGAUUGUUGACGGUCGCUACCAGUUGGAUCUUCCAUUUCGCACGAAACCAGAUCUUCCCAACAAUAGAAGCCUUGCUGAAAGGAGACUACAUUCUCUGAAAAUGCGACUGAAGAAAGAUCCAGAUCUCCAUGCCAAGUACAAGAUUGGUAUUGACGAAUACGUUGACAAAGGGUAUGCUGUUAAGAUCGACCCAAGCCAAUUGCGUGAUGCUGAGACCAACAAGAGAGGCGUAUGGUAUCUACCCCACCAUCCAGUUUUGCAUCCUCGGAAGCCAACGAAACCAAGAAUUGUGUUCGACUGCGCCGCGAAGUAUGACGAGAUCUCCUUGAACAACCAACCGCUCCAAGGACCGCAUUUUCUUCGAGGUAAAGCAGAAGCGCGGCCAACCCAUCCAACAGAAAUAAGCACAUUUCCUGACGAAGCUCUCGAAUGGAGGAAGGACGUCAAAGUUACGAGAUACAAGCACAACAAGUUAAACCGUUCGAUGUUUUCAUACAGCAUUAUUCAUCGUGGUAUCGUCUCCAGAAGGGAGUCGCAUGGCUCAUUCGAUUCAUUCGCUAUUUAAAAACUGUUCAUCAAGCACGAAAUCACCACAGUCUCGAGGUCCGAAACCCAAGAACGUCCAGUCCUGACGAGUCUACAGGGGCCAGAGCGAACUCGUUAUCAAUCGUAGAGCUGCGAAAUGCGAAGACGGUCAUUAUUCGUGAUGUGCAACGUGAAUCCCUUCCCGAAGAAAUAGCAUGUCUCAAACGUAGAUCGAGCAAUGAUCCUCCCUCCAAGGCUAUUGUGAAAAAAAUCGAGCAAGUUAGCUGCCUUAUCACCUUUGAUGGGAGACGACGGUUCACUGAGAGUUGGCGGUAG